GUCAAAUUGCGUUUGACACAUGUCCAAGUGUUUAUAGCGGAAUUUGUUGACGUUUGCAGUUCAUUUAUCUCCAACUCCGUGUAAUUGGCCGUGAAAUCUUCAAAAAAUGGUUUUCGUGAAAGACUGGGAGGACUUCGAGAUCGCCGCGGAGGCAAUGUACAUGCAAAACCCCAAGACCUGCCGAUAUUCGAUGAAAUACAUCCACUCCAAGGGAGCCGUCCUGCUUAAGGUUACCGACAAUGUGAAGUGCAUACAGUACAAAGCAGAGAUAAUGCCUGAUUUGAAGAAAAUCGAAAAAUUUACGGGAAACCUGAUGGGGCACAUGGCAUCGAGGGAGUGAUCUGUGAAAUGUCAAUUAAAUUCGUUCUGUUGCUUUUAAGUUUGCAUCUAAGAGUGUAUAUAGGAAACAAAUUGAAUAAAAUGUCUUUUGAGAGA